CAGGCCGGUCACCUCCCCGUCAGCCUCCUCGGUCCCCGCAUCCUCUCCCCCUCCUCCUUCCAUCAGGCGAGCCUCCUCACGCGUCCCUGGUCCCUGUCGCUGUGUGGCUGGGAGCGGCAGGACUCCACCUCGGGGCGGUUGAGAAGACAGUGCCGGCCGGGGCUGGGAGGAGAGGACGGUCACACUGAGUCUGGUCUCUCCUUUGAGCGGGAGUCACUGAGGGCAGCGGCUGGAACAUAACGGUCCCGGGGCGGAGGCCACAGAAAGGUUUAAGAAAUGGAGGCCAUGGAUAAAGCAGUGAAUGGGUACAUAGACAACUUGCUUGGACCGCGAGACCCACGAGUGAAAGGAUGGUUUAUGUUAGAUAACUACAUCCCCACCUUUAUUUGCACCAUCCUGUAUUUAUUUAUUGUGUGGAUAGGACCGAAGUACAUGAAGAACAGAGAACCGGUAUCCUGCAGAGGGAUUCUAGUGGUGUAUAACCUUGGCCUUACACUUCUCUCACUGUAUAUGUUUUAUGAGCUGGUAACUGGAGUAUGGGAAGGCGGCUACAACUUUUUCUGCCAGGACACUCACAGUGGAGGAGAUGCAGACAUGAAGAUAGUUCGAGUCCUCUGGUGGUACUACUUCUCCAAGCUUAUUGAGUUCAUGGACACAUUCUUCUUCAUUCUCCGCAAAAACAACCACCAGAUAACCGUCCUACAUGUCUAUCACCAUGCCUCCAUGCUUAGCAUUUGGUGGUUUGUCAUGAACUGGGUACCCUGUGGACACUCCUACUUUGGUGCUACUCUCAAUAGCUUUAUCCAUGUCCUUAUGUACUCCUACUACGGACUUUCAGCUAUUCCAGCCAUGCGACCUUUUCUUUGGUGGAAGAAAUACAUCACACAGUGCCAGCUGACCCAGUUUGUCCUGACAAUGACUCAGACCAGCUGUGCAAUGAUUUGGCGCUGUGCAUUCCCCAUGGGAUGGCUUUAUUUCCAGAACUGCUACAUGAUCUCUCUUAUCAUCCUCUUUACCAAUUUCUACAUUCAGACCUACAAGAAAGCCUCGUCCCGAAGGAAAGAUUAUCAGAAUGGCUCAGUGACUGCGGUGAACGGACACACAAAUGGCUUUUCAUCUCUGGAGGACAAUGUCAAGCAGCGUAAACAAAGAAGGGAUUGAGAGGAGAAACCAGCCCCCAGUUCACUAUGCCAGAUAAUAUAAAAUCAGAUUGAAAACACAACAAAUCUGUGCACUGACAUCCCUACAGCUACUGUAAAUGAUUCCUAUUAUAUAAUGUGAUUAAUGUAGGUCUUAACGAAUUCCACCCAUCAUUAUAAUGCUAAAGAUACAUGGUAAAUUGCUCACAGAAUUAGUGACCAUUAUUGUUUAGAUGCCCUAUUGCAAAUCUCAGUAGGCCAUAGUCCCAAGCCUCUGUAUGCUCUGCCAAUACAUUUUAUAUGCUCCUGGUAGGGAAACAGCAUCUGUAGAUCGACAGGUGCAUCACAUCUGCUCUAGACCAUAAUGCACUAUUGCCCUUUGCCUAUAACACAACAUCCAAAAUGGAAAUGUGUGGAGAGUGGCAAUGCCAUUAACAAUAGAACCUGUGGUAAGGUCUUAUAUAUAUUUUUAGAUAUACUUGUAUAAUCCAUCCAUAUUUUCAUGUUUUUAGAAAGGCAACACGUUAUAACCUGCCUAAAAGUUUUAUAGACAUGUCGUUGAAGAGAUAGGACGAGGUAACAACUCCAUAACAGGUUAUCUCAGGGCUAUGUAAGGUAUUUCCCGGAUAGAUUUCUGUAAGCCACAGCUGGCACAUAAGAAAAGACAUAUAGAUUAGGGCAGUGAUGAGGAACUGGUUUUUGUCACUUCGGUCCGUACAUAGUGACUGCCCCUACUCACAAUCCCUUUAGUGCCAGAACAUUCAGCAAUCCAGAAAACCCCUGACAUUGACUGGGACCACUUAUUUGGUGACUGUGUGUGUGCACAUGCCUUUUCUGUCUAUUGUAGAUACAAAAAAAAGUAUUAUUGUGGUAUAUUAUACUGCUGUUGCCUUAUUAGUUUCAUAUUCUAGGUGCUGACUAGCCAUUUAUAGGUACCAGGAGUUCUAAUUCAUUUUCUAAUACAGGAUACCUGUGUGUUUGUAGUAGCCAUGUGUACCAUGUAGUGUGACUAAACUUGCCUUAAUAAACAGGGCCCACAGCUUCCUACCAGUUAGAAGAGAAAAAAGAAGAAAAAAUAAAACUCAGCUUUUUAGUAGAUAGAUCUAUUUUUAGAAUUGAUUUGUAUUAUACUAGUAAUGACAUUUCCUCUUUUCCACCACACACAUGAUGGAGACUAGUGAUAUUACUGAAGGGUCAGGCUGUCACUAGUUUUAGUGUCUUACUUGAUGGAUUAUAGGUUUAUCAGUCUGCAGCCAUUGUAUGUGUGCAUGUGAGUGACAUGGCUGCAGUUUUACCUGUGAGGUGACCGCAGAAAACAUUCAGCUUUUCUGCAGGAUAUUUUAAGUUUUUUUUACUGUUUAAUUUGAUGCUAAUGUGACUGCAGUCCUGAAAGAACCAUUCUGACGCUAUUAUGUCAAAGUUAUGCAUUUUGUUCAAUUUGUGCUUAAAGGAGAUAUCUAGGAAAAAAAAUAUUUUUUUUAUAUAUCAACUGGCUCCAGAAAGUUAAACAGAUUUGUAAAUUACUUCUAUUAAAAAAUCCUUUCAAUACUUAUGGGCUGCUGAAGUUGAGUUGUUCUUUUCUGUCUAAGUGCUCUCUGAUGACACCUGUCUCUGGAACUGUCCAGUUUAGAAGCAAAUCCCAAUAGUAAACCUCUUCUACUCUGUGCAGUUCCCGAGACAAGCAGAGAUGUCAGCAGAGAGCACUGUUGCCAGACAGAAAAGAACAAUUCAACUUCAGCAGCUGAUAAUUAUUGGAAGGAUUAAGAUUUUUUAAUAGAAGUAAUUUACAAAUCUGUUUAACUUUCUGGAGCCAAUUGAUAUAUAUAUAUAUAUAUAUAUAUAUAUAUAUAUAUAUAUAUAUAUAAAAACAAAAAAUAAUAAGAGUUUUUUCCUGGAAUACCCCUUUAAGCUGCUGGUCUUUAAAACGAAAAAUAAAUUUGCACUCAAGGGAAACUUAUAGCCUGAACCAUACAGAUAUGUAUUAAGGUGCUCAAAUGUAUAUUGGUCAUUGUGGCAUAGACACCUAGUGAUAGAAAAAGUCUAUCUGCAAUGUAACAUUUAGCUUACUCAAGUUUCACAUGUCAGCAGAUGGACUUUGAACCAAAUGCCCUAUGUUAGACUUCUGUCUGACGCUAGUGAUAAAUACUGUAUGUACUUCAUAGCACUGCUGCCUUCUGGAGGCUAUUUAAGGCACUGCACACUUUUUAGAUGAACAUUAGCACUUAAUUAGUAUACUGUUUUGUCGCCUAGCUGUAAUAGAGGCAGUGAUAUGGGAUGAAUGAAUUAACCGAUUGCAGUAUAUCUAUGAAAGAAAUUGUGAUCAGGAGUCCGAAGACUUAGAAAAAGCCAUUACUUCAUACUUCACUGAUAACAAACAUUCCUAGGCUGACUUUUUGUGUGUGUGAAUAGCAUAACAACUACCUUCUCUGUUUGGGCCACAGUUGCAUUUGUAACCGCCUUGUUAUUUUUCUCUCCUAUAAUUCCCACUUAUCAUUUUUAGCAAAAUAUUUUGACUUUGUUUCUUUCUUUUAUUUUUUUUAAACUCAUUGCGCUAUGGGGCAACAGAACAUUUUGGUCCUCGUGUACUAUGAUUCCCCCUUUUUCCCCCUUUUCAUAGUGAAUUUUAAUUCACUUUUCCAUCAUAUGCAUAAAUGGGGUUUCACAUGUCUUUAAACUUUGGUGCAUUUGAAAUGUGCCAAAGUGCACCAAAGUUUUUAGCUCUUCGUUUCACAAGAUUUCAGAAAUGACUCGGAUUGUGGGGGGGGGGGGGGAGGGGGGAACACACCCACAUUUCGAGAAAACACAUAAAAUUAACAAAAUGGUCAUAAAAACAGGCAAACUUUGCUCAUGAUAUUAAUAAAUAUAGUGAAAUGCAUUUUCCUGACUUUUUUCUCUAAAACUUACAUGGAAAUCCAAUAGUAAAUGAGGACCUAAAUGUCAUAGUCUCUGCAGCGAGCAAGUUAUGCCAAGGAAAUUGUGCGAAAGUACGUGUUUUUUUAUUUUUUUCCUUAUUUGCCUAAAGUCCAGCACAGGCAAAGUCAUUUUAAGUCAUUUAUACAGUAAUACACAUGUCAAAUGUGUCUGUUAAUAUAUUAAAACAUUAAAAGUU